CUUAGCUGCGCUCAGUCGCGUCCUCUAGCAGGAAGCGGGCGGGGGUAUUAUUCUUAUUUGUUGUUCUUCGCAUCCUGGUUGAUUUGUUUUCUGUCUCAUCGGAAGGGUGCGUGUGUGUGUUUUUCAGCUGUAAUCAGUAACGCAAUCGCAGUGAAGCAUGAAUCUGGAGCGCAUGCCGAACGAGGACAAACUGAACCUGUGCAGGAAGUAUUACCUGGGUGGCUUUGCUCUGCUCCCCUUCCUGUGGCUCGUCAAUGUGGUCUGGUUCUUCAGGGAAGCCUUCAUGAAGCCUGUGUACACGGAGCAGGCGCUGCUCAGAACAUAUGUGAAGCGCUCGGCGCUCGGGCUGCUGUUCUGGGUGGCGGUUCUCACCACGUGGAUCACCAUCUUCCAGCACUUCAGAGCAGAGUGGGGCGAGGUGGCAGACUACCUGUCCUUCACCAUCCCGCUGGGGAUCCCCUGAGAGAGAGAGAGAGAGCGCAUACCAGACCCCUCACCCCACUCUGCCCCUCGGAAUCACGUUGCCAGCUGCUUCAGCUUUAAAUAUUUUGGUUUAGUUUUUCUCUUUCUGAAACAUUCAGAGUGUUUCCAUUGAAAACGCAUCCCAGUAGCUUCUAUAGAUAAGUAUGUGUAGUGUGUGCCAUCUGCAUUGUGUUGUCCUGCUCUCUCUCUUUGACUGGGGUUGUAAUGGAGAUCAGAACAGUUGAGUCGGCUUGUAAUUCUGUUCAGUUAAAAUAUGAAAAUGAUGACACGUUUCAGAUUGGCAGAAGUGCGUUGAACCCCCUGCCCCCCACAGGGCAUGUUCCCAGUUUUACAAGGACCAAAAAGCCAAUGCAUCGAGUUAGUCAGCCUGCAGUUCUUUCAUAGGAAAGAACUGCAUUGUGUGAAAGUUUUACAGUAGCUUCAAAUUAGCAUCUACAUUCAGCGUGCCUGUAAUUACACGGGUGGGAAUAAGACUCCUAUUGCACAGCGGUUUCACCCAUUCCAGGUUUUAAUACAAGCUUGAUCAGCCCCCAGUGU